AUGAAAGCUGGCGAAGGCCAAUUUGACAUAUUUCACAUUCACAGUGUCAUUCUCGUCGCCAUCCCGUGGCGGGGGUGGCUAGAGGGUGUGGAGAACUGCAAGUCCAUAUUUAGCAAAUCUGUGGAUACUUUGCGGGCGAGUUUUGGAAGUGGGACGUUACCAGGAAGGCAAAGGGACAGUUUACGCAGCAAUUCGUUGGAUCUUGAGGCUUCUGAAAGCGCAAUGCGGCGGGUACCAACAAUGGAAGCUGUUUCGUCCUUUUGA